AUGACAUUCAAACUUUCAUGGUAUGAUCGAAAACGUGUGAAAGAAGUGGGACCUAAUCGAGCGUGUGCAGAAUGGUUAUUGAAAAAUGGUGCUUCGGUACGUUAUAAAAAUUGGGGUUCGUUAACAUCAGACUAUAAUCAAAUUCCAAGCGGAGCACCGGAUCAAUACAAAAUCGAAGAAAUACGAGCGAUUAAAGCAAGUGUGAUGGCACAAGGAUUUGAUUAUUUAGAAGGCCUCGGUGACGUGAAAAAAAUUCAUUUGGAAAAAUGUGAGCUUGUCGAUGAUACAACAUUAGCUAAAUUCAGUUUUGUAAAAAAUACGCUAGAACAUGUUGUACUCAUUGGCAAUGAUCGAAUAACAGCUAAUGGUUUGUCCUGUCUUGCUGCUUUAAAAAAUCUGAAACAAAUCGAUUUGGCACGAUUAACAGGUGUUAAAAAUGAAGAAUCAGCAACGAAAUUGCUUAAAAAUGAACUGCCUGGAUGUGUUGUUAAUUUUGAUGAUAACAUAGCACCAGCACCAGAACUCGCAGAAAAAUGA